CGAAAAGGAGAGAAAACAUGAUACGAUAGGCUACAAGCUGCGACUCAUCGUCAUGUAGCAGAAACAUAAUGAUCACACCCCUUCUCGUCCUGCUGUGCCUUUGCUUUCGCACUGAACUUGAAUUCACAUGAUGACGAGUUUGUGACUAUUAUGACGGUUCUCGUGAUCGAAAAGCAAAAACGGAACAAGUCGAAGAUUCAGCAGCAGUUCGUUAUCGUGCUUGUGGAAGACGAAGAGAGGUUAUGCGGCAAAUCAACAUCUUGCCCGCGGGGGUGCAGUGUUGGCACAAGGAAGUGAUAGGCUCUGCGGUCGACGGGGGAACGCUUUACUUCGCUUACGCAUCAACGCUUGCCGUUUACCUCUACAGAAAAGACAGCACCGACAAGCCCAGACUAUGGAAGAUCCUGACGGGCCACACGAAAUCCAUCCGUUGCCUGGAAUGGGCGUCCCACAACUACAACGCGAUCGUCACCGCCGGGUCAGAUGGGAAGGUACAAGGACAAGUUGAUAUAUUGUUCUUGUACUAGACCUGCUCUGUUAGCUGCUAAUACUGGAGAUUACUUGGAAGUGGGCGCCCGCGCCACAUUUUUCGCAGUAUGAAUGAAGUUUGAGUUUCGUUGCAGAUCUUUCUAUGCAGCGAGCGCUAGCUGGUAGUAUGGACAUUGCGAUGUACUAGUCGAAGACGCGUCGUGCAAUGUCAAUGUGUUGAAAAAAGACGAAUACGUUUUCCUUGCAGGUGGUGAUUUGGAAUGUCGCCGAGGAACGCGAGGAGAUGGUGGCUCACCCCGCAGCAGAAGGUUCUUUGGUCGGCGUGGCGCUGUGCGAUCGUAUCCGGUGGAACGGGCGCUACAAAGGACUGCAGCGGAACCCGCAGGCCGAGGUGCUGUGCAUGGGAUACUCCGACGGGUCGCUCUACCGGUGGGCCUCCGAUACCAAUCGCGUUGUCAAGUUCUCCGACGCCGCGUGGAGCUGCUUCGAGUGGCAGGGGCCGGACGAGCUUCUCGUGGGCACGCACGACGGCCAGCUCUGCCGCGUGACCUGUCCACAGCAACCGCCUGCGAAGAGUGGCGGCAACGUCGUGAUGGGAACGAAAAAGGUUCUGUUCACGCACCCCGAACAGUCCAAGCAGGGCCCGCGCUGCGACUGCAUGGCGAAGGAUCCGCUCUGCGAGGAUUAUUUGAUCACGGCCUUCAGCGAUGGGUCGCUCUUUCUCCUGGCGGCCGCCGAUGGCGCGAUACUGUUCGCGUUCGAGCGCCUCGGGGGCGGCGGCGCCAUUUCCGGAGCGGGUAGUGGCGGCAACGGUGGCAAUGGUUCCGCGCCGGGAGGUAGUUCUUCCAGCGGCAACUUCAAUCCGGUGGAGAAGAUUCUCUGGUUGCCAUCACAGCCGGGUAACUUCCUCACGUGCCAUGCCAAAACUGCGACCCUGCAGCUGUGGAACGCCUCGCAACCGAAGCCGCUGGAAAAACUGAAGGCCGGCAGUCAGGGCCCUAUCUUCACGGUGACGCGGUUUGCAACCAACAACCCGGAGCGACUUCUGGUGGCGCACACGAAUGGCGCGGUUACGCUGCUGGACGUCACCUCCAACACGGGGACCGGGGGGGUCGGUGCGACCAAGAUCACCACUCUCCGGCCGCAGUUCACCACGAGCGCGGCGCACUCAGAGACGAUUUUUGACUUGUGCUUUUGCCCCGCAAAUUGCAACGUGUUCGCGACCGUCAGUUACGACGGGUACGUGCGGCUGUGGAACGUGGCCAAGCGGGAGAGCUUCCGCGAAAUGUACGCCGGGGACGGAAUUUUGUACGCGGUUGCCUUCAGUCGCGACGGCAGCAUGAUCGCUGCGGUGUCCGGGUAUGGGAACUUGUUCGUGUGGAAGGCAGAGACCGGCGCGCUCAUUCUCAAAUACAAAGCCCACGACGGGAACCUCGCGUAAAGAGAUUUUCGUUUUUUCGUGUGAUGAACAUGUUGGUGGGCAUGCCGAAUGGAAGAUUUGAAGUCGACAAACUGAUCCUAGUACUGCCAUUUCAUUUGCUGCGUCUAGGAUCGUCGUCUAGGUAGUGUAGUGAAGACCAAAAAUGUACUAUACCUAUGACGGCAGUAACGUGCCCAACAGGCAAGUUACCCAAAGGGUUGCGGUUUUUUUUUUUCGGUGUAAAUAAGGUAGUGGUACAUUGACUAGCUAGUAAAAGUGAUUUGUUUUUAGCUAGGUUAAUAGCUUAUCUAUAUAAGGCGUUUUUUACAACUUCCGGGACGCUACAUCGCCGAUAUCCAGCUCCACGGAUUCGCCGCAGAACCCUAGCAAAAAACCGAGGAAGAGCCCCAUGGCGUAGCGUCUGUCUACUGCCCGCGCUUUCCAUUGUGCGUGGCCUGUGGAAGGUUUGGCGCAGCUAGCCGCAUCCAGGGGAUGGCUGACGGCAAGCCGGCACGGUAGACACGCAAAGCCGCGCGCCCUGCUUAUGAGAAAAGGCUGAGCAGCGUGCCAUCUGCUGCCAGGGGGGGUUCGCCAAAAAGCACCCGCAAGCCAAGUGCAACAUGGUCCGCAGGCCGCGGCCUGCAGGGCCGCAGGCGAGAGGCGGGGGCGCGAGGGGGGGUCCGCGGGAGGGGGUCCACACAGGGCCUCCCGCAGGGCAUACUUUUACCCCUAGCCCCGACGCUGUGGUCGUUUUGUCCCUUGCCAAAAAGGGGGCAUCUCGGAGGGGCAUCGCGGACGGGGAUCCCGGACUCUCGUGUUGUCCUGUGUGAGGUCAAUCUGCCCAGGUAGGAACACAACGAAGCCGGGGCGCUUUGGAUAGCCUCACAAAAUGGCUCCCAAGCUCGGCGGAAAGCGGCAGCAAGGCACAAACAAAACACAGAAAAGGGCGGCAAGGUGCGACACGGCCGUCGCAAUGAUGUCGUCCCGCUGCCUCGCCACAGGAAGCUGGCCGCCGAUCCUCUGCCCCCUGCGAAGCUUCGUGCCCUAUCUACGCCACGCCUUCGUGUGCAGUAUCCCGGCGCCCCGGCGUGGAGACAACCGAGGCGAAUCCGUGGAGCUGAAUAUCGGCGGAGUAGCGUCCUGAAACCCUUAAAAAACGCCUUUUCUAGCUACUUAAAUUAUAUAACUAGUUCAACUGCCUAUCUUAUAGAAAUAUCUAUAUCAUAUAUCUAAGACACACCGAAAUUUUUUUUUUGAUCCCCCAUGGGUAAGUUGGGCGUUGGGCACGUUGCUGCCGUCAUAAUACCAAACUGCAGUUUAUUCAGUUUUCAUCGGAAUUAUCUGUUAACUACUUAUGUAGGUCGUACCGACUGAACUGGUGUCCCGAUGACCCGAACCUGAUUGCCACCGGCGGGUGCGACAAUUUCGCGGUGAUCACGAGUAUCAGCGACAAGUGUCCACGACGGUCGUACCGACACCCCCUGGUGGUCAUCGGUGUGGCGUUUAACCCGCACAGCACCAACAUUUUCUGCACCGCCUGCCAGGACGGUUUGGUUCGCGUUUGGGACACCAAGGUCUUCCCCCACCACCACCAGCCCCUGUUCGCGCUUUCCGGGCACACCGGCAGGGUCUUCAACGUGACGUGGCACCCGUUCUUCCGCAACUUGCUUGCCUCCGGCUCCGACGAUACCACCAUCCGCGUUUGGGACGUGGACAAGCAGUGCGAGUGCAUCCGCCUGUGCGGACACCGGAGCUUCGUGCGCGCCCUGUGCUGGCACGCGGAGGUGUGCCAAAUUUUGCUGUCCGGGAGCUGGGACGAGAGCAUCCGGGUGUGGGACGUCUCGCAGGGGAUCUGUCUGUACACGGCACGGCAGCACCACGCGGACGUGUAUGGCCUGGAUGCGCACCCCAUGCGGCCCUUCAUGUUCGUCUCCAGCUCGCGAGACACCACCAUUCGCUUUUGGACUUUGGAGGAAAUCGCCGCACCGUACCUGCUCGCGGGUGUCUUGGCGCCCCAGGAACUGGGCAAGCUGGCCGGCAGUGCGGACGCGGUGCCCUCGGUCUGUGGCCCCGAGUUCUUCGCGACCAACACGCCGCCGAGUCCCAACCCCAUCGAGGCCACGUGGCCCUUCAUGAAGCACAUCACGGUGGGCGGAACCUCCACGAACCGGUCGCCGGUGCUGUACCCGCACACGGAGAACCUUCUGCUGUUCGGGGAGGGCUUCCAGCGGCUGCUCUACGCAAUCAGCACUUUGCCGCCGCACCCACUGCGCGUGCUCCGUGUGUACCGCUUGCUCUUCAACUUCUUCCACUUUCGGACCAACCUGGACGACAUCUGGGCGUUGCUGGAACACUGCAUCACGCUAGGAACAGCUGGCGUGGCGGGAGGACCGAGUAGUGGUGUUUCCAGCAUGGGCGCCGGAACUGCAGGCACUGAUGAAAUGGACAUCCACCGGACGAUUUCGUGCACCGCCGGGCCGAAGAAAUCGGGCGGCCGGCUGGACGUUGACGUGAUUAUGAACGUGCGCCCCGACCUCAAUCGGCGGCCGAGUGUGAACGCGGCACUGACCGUGGACUCCUCUACGCAAAUCUGGCACCAGAACGUUUUAUCUGCCCAGGUGAAGACGCAGGCACUCUCCCUGGCGUCGCAGUCAGGGCAAAUCGGGAGCGGCAUGAAGAAGGAGGAGCGGCUGCAGAACGCCGCGCAAAUGAUGCUGCGCGUCGGCAACGUGCGCCAAUACUGCGAAUUCAUGGCACAAGCGGACCAGUGGGAAAAGGCCAUCAUGGCGGCGCCUAUGGUGUCCACGGAGUUUUGGCAAAAGAUGUAUCGCGAUUACCUGCAGCGCAAGGGCUACUGUCUCUCGAUCGAGGGGCGCGCAGUCGGACUGCUUGCGACGGAAAACGCCGACGAGCUGGUGGACGGGUACUUGCGCGAAAGCAUGCUUAGUGAAGCACUCACUACCGCAAAGACGCAAGCCGACGGAGCGUUUUUCACUUCGGCUGCUGUCGCGGGCGGAAGCGGUGGCGGUGCAGGAGUGAUGGCUCAGCUGCAUAGUGUUCCUCCGGAUGAACAUCAGGGCGCCGCUGGAAGCAACUCACCUAUCCGAGGUCCAGGCGGUGUGCUUAUCGGAACUUCUGCAACCGCGAGCUCUUCCUCCGCAGGCGGUGGCUCCUCGCGCACCCAGCGCUUGCAUUCGGUGUCACAGAAACUCGCGGACCAAUACUAUGCAAGCGCAGAGCCGGUUGCCGCCGCCUGCCUGCUUUUCUCGGUGAACGCGGUGGAAGCAGGGUUGGACAUGUUGUUACGCGGCAACGAGAUACUGUUGUAUCACGUCUGCUACAGCUUGCUCAAGAAGCCCACCGCGUCCUCAUCGAGCAACAGGGGCUCACCGGGGCGAGAAAGUGGCGGAUCGCGCAGUCCGACGCGCGGCAGCGGCGGCGAACCACCGACAUCAAGGGGUCGCGAUCGAUCUUCCUCGUUCGACUCUUCUGAAAUCUCAACGAAGGCUCGGAUGGCUAUGGAGCUGCUGGCGAAGCAGUGUGAGCGCUACAAGCUACGCGAGCGCGCACACGAGCUCUUUACCAUGAGCGGAACGGAUUCCAGCCUCCACCGCGCCGAGCUCCUGGCAAAGGGGGUUCGCUGCCCCCGCGCGGGCGGAAACCUGGGCGUGGACGGAAACAAUCAAGAAUUGCGGGGGCGAUUCGAGUCGUACCUAUUUUUCUAGUUUUUGCAGCCGGUAGCUUUAGUUUUCGGCUGUGUUAUGACCGUGACCAUCAUGCUGCGCUAAAAAUUUGCACGACAACUUUACGAAAAUAUUGACGUGUCACGCACACCAAUCAAAAACGCAAACAGGAUGAAAGCUUCGCCGACACACGAUUCGAUCGAGCUUACCAAAUUGGCGCUCCAGCUCGGUGAGUUUGAGUGGGCGGCGCAGACGGCGCUCGAUACGAUGAUCAUCGAAAUUGCGUCACGUGAGACCGGCGACCUCGCAAAAGUCCGCUCCCUGCUUGCCGUUCUCGAGUGCUGCAAUCUCACCCAGCUCUCCGUGCAGGUGGUCGUGUCCCUUCUGGCGUGUGCCGCGUAUUCGGGCUUUGUGGUGGCGCUCACCAGUGGUUACGUGGAGGUGCUACACGCGUUUGCGCAGACGAUCCAAAACAUCGUCGUGCACCGGCAGCUGGCGUUUCCGGUUUCCGCGGCGGAGCUGUUUGCUUUGGACGCCGUCAUGCACGCAAAGUGCUUUCCGCGGGAUGUCAAAACCAUGGAGAAGCUCGGCAUUGUUCAGGGGGCGGAAAUACCCACCAGCCUGAUGAAACUGGUGCAGGACCACCUCGCAUGGGUCAGCAGCGCGGCUGCAAACAAUCCGACGGCGGUCUCGCCAGCCUUGGGCAACAAGGCAAACGCGCACUGGCUCCUAGACAUGAUCGAGGACAAAGUUUGGAAUGGUAAGUAGUUGUACGUUGCUUGGCUGCCACUGUGGUUCGUCUGGCAAUCCUUGUGGUGAUUCAGCACCCAAAAGUUGUUGUUCUAGAACGUCUCCACCUCGAGCACCGCGACCGCGCGGAAUCCAUGCAUAUCUUGCGUGUUCAUGUGUUACCUGCUGUUUGAGUUCUCUCUUGAAUCGGACGGAGCGGAUAGAAUGACUUAGAGAAGAAGACUCGUCCCAUCAUUGAUUCUUGACAACAGGUCUCGGCGGUCCAUCCAUGAUGUUGGCUGGGUCUUUGCUACCUUCGGAGAGGGAGGCGCCGGUCAGCGUGCUCAGCAACGAAGUAAUCCGGGGCCCCUCGUUCCUUCUCGAGGACGGGCAGAGCUGUGUCGCGCUCAAGGAGGCGCUGCUGUGGGGACGCGUGAACACCUGCAGUCCGCUGAACACUGGGUAUCCGGUCGAGCCGUUCUGAACCUGGAGCCAACGCCACUUGUAGUGAGAACUUGAUUGGGUGAUUGAAGCUGAAUACUUUGAUUUAAAACUGCAUCAAACAAAAGUAUUGUAACAUGAUCAGCAUCCGGAAUUGAUGUUUUACUUUUAGCAAAGACAAUAUUAAACAAGUUUCCACUGAUGUAGAUGUUGCGAAUAAGUAACAUACGUAUCUAGUUUACCUUUACGGCAUCUAUUCUCUACGUUUAUGAUACAGAUCAAGAUGACGACCGCCUUCGUGGUCCUAGGCUCUACAGGUUUCUUUCGUCGCGACAGAAGGAGAAACCAUUUUGCAUCUACCACUACCAGAACAAAGUAGACGAGGGCUGUAAUAGUUUCCGUUUCCGAAUUGAAAAUCUGCUGAGAGGCAAUUGGCACCUUUCUAGCAAAAGAGUAUGCGUUAAAGAACAAGAAGGCCCUGUGUGCCGCUCUACCGCGCUGGUGUUGGUUUGUGGUUGUAUGGCUACGCUUGCAUCUGCUACAGGAAGCGUUCCACCAGCCUCGCUCUUGUUUCUUGCGUAUUGAUGUUGUGAGUGUUGCGUAUUCAUCGCGAGAGCCAAGACCAGGUCUUGGCUUCGACCCAUCUCAAGCAUGUUGAGGAAAACUAGUGACGAGAGGAACCUACCGCCCUAGUCUGUUGGUUUCCCG